UGGUCGGAGACGGAAGCCUGUUGGGACUCAGUUGUGUGUGGAAGGGACGGGAAAGGGACGGGGAUGCUGCAAAGCUGCGGGAAGAGGCUGCUGGUGUCUCUGGCGGGCUCGAUGCUGACCUGCUUCCUGGUCCUGGUGGCCGAGCAGCAGCAGCAGCAGCAGCAGCAGGCGGUGCCGCCUCCGGAGCCCCAGCACAGCCUGCCCGCCGCCGCUGCCCGGAGCUUCUCGGCGUACUUCUCGCAGCUGAGCCGGAGCAAGAGGGCCGGGGGGCCGGGCCAGGAGGGGAAGGAGCCCCAGGCCGAGGCGCCCCGCCCGCCCGUGGAGCCCCUCUCGCCCCGGGACGUCUUCGUGGCCGUCAAGACCACCGCCAAGUUCCACCGGAGCCGCCUCCAGCUGCUCCUCGACACCUGGGUCUCCCGCCACAAGGAGAUGACAUUUAUCUUCACGGACGGAGAGGACGAAGAGCUGAAGAAAAGGACAGCAAACGUCAUUAACACCAACUGCUCAGCCGCCCACAGUCGCCAAGCCCUGUCGUGCAAGAUGGCGGUGGAAUACGACAAAUUCAUCGAGUCUGGAAGAAAGUGGUUUUGCCAUGUGGACGAUGACAACUAUGUCAAUGUACGGAUGCUGAUCAAGCUGCUCUCCAGUUAUCCCCACACACAGGACAUCUAUAUUGGGAAGCCCAGCCUGGACAGGCCCAUUCAGGCCACAGAGAGGAUCAGCGAGAACAAAGUGCAUCCUGUACACUUCUGGUUUGCUACUGGUGGUGCUGGUUUCUGCAUCAGCCGUGGACUGGCGUUGAAGAUGAGUCCCUGGGCUAGCGGCGGGCAUUUCAUGAGCACAGCGGAGAAGAUCCGGCUCCCCGACGACUGCACCAUCGGGUACAUCAUUGAAUCCGUUCUGGGGGUGAAGCUGAUCCGAAGCAACCUCUUCCAUUCUCACCUAGAGAACCUCCAUCAAGUGCCCAAGUCGGAGAUUCACAAACAGGUGACCCUGAGUUAUGGGAUGUUUGAAAACAAAAGGAAUUCUAUCCAUAUGAAAGGGGCGUUCUCGGUGGAGGAAGAUCCGUCCAGGUUCCGCUCCAUCCACUGCCUGCUGCAUCCGGACACUCCUUGGUGCCCUUCGAAUGUCGCUUACUAAGAGACAAGGCGCCCCCCUUCGUAACUUCGUCCCGCGUCUCCCCGGUAUCCGAAGAGCGCGUGGGACCCAUGUAUUCGUGUCGUUGUUUCUCCCUUUGCUGUGAAGCGGUUGGCUCUUUAAUUACUGUGGUUCAUCCACAGUGUGUGCGUUGUAUAGGCUGCUGUGCGGCCCGGUCUUCCUUCUUCUGCUCUCUCCAGGCAGGCUGAGUGUGUUGAACAUGUUUGUGAUGCAUAUUGUGUGUGUGUAUGUAUGUAUGCAUAUAUAUAUGUAUAUGUAUGCGCACACAUCUUUUUAUUGGGGCAGGGGAUACACAGAUAGGAUAGAAUGAAUGCUCUCAAGUCACAGAAUCGUAGAAUUACAGUAGAGUCUCGCUUAUCCAACCUUCGCUUAUCCGACAUUCUGUCAUAUCCAAGGCUCCCCUUUUCCUCCAGCAUUUUCCCAUCAAUUAAAAGAAUGCUCGCCAACUUUCUCUCCAUUCCCAAUAAGACAAGAAGGAAGAGGAGGGAGGGAAAGGGGGAAAGAGGAUGAACAGGAAGCGGAAUUUACUUAUUAUUUAUUUAAUAGUUUUGUAUACCGACCUUCUCACCUCUCUUGAGAGACUCAGACCGGUUUCCAACCAUAAUAUCACAUACAAUCAAUAAAACAUCAUAAUACAUAUUACAGUAAAACAUUAAAACAGCAAUUACAAUCAGUAACUAUAACGGUCAGUUGUCACACUAAAAUCGUUGCUCAUCAUCCUCCAUCCAUAUCUCAGGGUGUUGGCUCACCCGUCGCCUGUCUCCAUAACCAAGUCUUCACCUGUUUCCUAAAUGUCAGGAUAGACAGGGCGGUUCUGAUCUCCAGUGGGAGAGAGUUCCAGAGUCGAGGGGCCACCACCGAGAAGGCCCUGUCCCUCGUCCCCACCAGAUGUGCUUGCGAGGCCGGUGGGACCGAGAGCAGGGCCUCUCCAGACAAUCUUAAUCAUCUUGAAGCAUCCUCCCUCCUUCCCUCUGUGAUUUCCACACUCCUCUUCCGCAUCCAGUCACCUUUCUGGCCCGUCUAGCCCUGGGGCGUUGCCUUGCCUUAACUCUUUGAGUCCCUUUUGUUAGUAUUCUAGGUGUCUAGUGCGUAUCAAAUGAGUAACAGCAGAAGACUCCAUAUUAUCCGACAUUUUCAUUUAUCCGACGUCCUGCCGGUGCAUUUAUGUCAACUAAGCGAGACUCUACUGUACUUACCUUUGGCAACGGAGUAAAUACUAACCAGUACUAGGUUAGAAACAGGAACAAAAGGCACAAUCUAGCCUAAAUUAGGCACUUCUUUUCACACUGCAUGCCUUUCACCAUAGAAGCCAAGUUUUGUACUGAAUUCAGCCUCUUUACAGUGGACUUGGGUGGUAAUGAGCAGGUGUUAAUCACGUCACCACCCUUCAACAAUUGCAUACUUUCCAGAUGUGUUGCCCUUCAGCUCCUCCAAUCAUCCUUUACUAAGCUUUGAUGUUGCUGCUGCUUGCAGAGAAUGGGACUUGUAGUCCUAAGUCUGGAAGGAAGGAAAUGGAGAGGCUGUCCCAGAAACGCAUCUAUCUCCCUCUUGUCUUCCUUUUCCUUGUCCUGUUAUGCUUGUGAGGCUCCGGGAAAAGUCUUGAAAUGAAGGUUUACAUACUAUACUUUGUGAGUUUUUGGAAAGUUUUACUUUGUAGUGUUAAGCUAUUGUUUCUUCCUUAUGUAUGUGUAUAUAUAUAUGAGUUCUGGAGAGCUGCUUUUCAUCAGUUCGGAAUUCAGAGCUGGACUAAUGUAUACUCCUGUAUACAUUAGCACAGGCAUGGGCCAACUUUGGCCCUCCAGGUAUUUUGGACUUCAACUCCCACCAUUCCUAACAGCCUCAGGCCCCUUCCUUUUCCCCCUCAGCCGCUUAAGCCCAUGCCUAUGUUAGCAUCUGCGUGUAGCAUCCCUGUACAUAUGCUCUGGAGCAGUGUUACUCAACCUUCCUAAUGCCGCGAUCCCUUAACACACUUCCUCAUGUUGCGGUGACCCCCAACCACAAAAUUAUAUUUGUGGCUACUUCAUAACACUAAUUUUGCUACUGUUAUGAAUCGUAAUGUUAAGUAUCUGAUAUGCAGGAUGCAUUUCCAUUCACUAGACCAAAUUUGGCACAAAUACCCAAUACUCCCAAAUUUCAAUACUAGUGGGGUUGAGAAGGGAUUGAUUUUGUCAUUUGGGAGUUGUAGUUGCUGGGAUUUAUAGUUUGCCUACAAUCAAAGGGCACAAAUACCCGAUAUGCCCAAAUUUGAAUACUGGG